AUGAGCCACUCAAUCAUCGUGUCAAAUGUGCCAGAAACUGUCAGUGACGGCUCCGUGAUUCGAUACAUCAGAGAAAUGACCGGCAGUGCUGAUGUGGUCCACAUGCAGCCUUUCCCGGAUCAGUACCACUACAUCAAUGAUAACAACGGCACCAAGACCAUGCAGGUGUUUUUUGCAACCGAAUCUGAGGCCCAAUCGGCCAACACGCUGUUCCAGGGUCCCAACGUGGAGCAGGAUUUAGAACGCGCUCAACAAUUGUUCCACGGCACGUCUAAUCCCAGCGCCCAGGUUCCUAGAACCGUUACAGAACUAGAUUCGUGGGUUGCAGGAGACGCACCCAAUACAGAGGUGCGCCCAACAGGACGCCGUAUUAGCGUCACAAUGAUCUGA